AUGAACGAGAAGCACUUUCCAGGCCUAACGAGCUUCGUCGAUGCAAAAGCUCGGCUAAAAAAGAUGCGGACCGCGCUGAUGGACGGGACAUGCUGCGUGCUAGCCAUCCAGGACCGUGCAGCACAGGCGGACGCUGAAAUCGCGCCAGACGCUCACCAUUCACGAAAGGUUGAAGGACCUCUAACCCGAAACCAACGGAUCUUGGUACAGCGUGACCAGUACGUUGAUGAUGGCAAGAGGCCGUUUUCAUUGAUGGCACCAGUGUACAGUCACGCUCUUCGGCAUAUGCAAGUCAUCCUCCCUCCCCGCCCCACGAAAGGCCCGCCGGGUGGCGUACGUGUUGUGAAUUCUGUCUUUGGCGUCAAACCCUUUUCCGUUAUAUUCGCUGCUACGUUCCUUAUCUUCGUUGUCGCCGUAUCGUGCUGGAAAUUCGGCGCGUUCUUUCGUUCAUUCAGUCGACAUAAAGUGAUCGGGGGAGGAGAGAAGGCGGGAGUCCGGUAUGCGAAAACGUGGUACGGUUGGGUACCGCUGGAAAGAUAUACCAAGCAACAACGAUGGCGACGGGAGUUGCUGAAAAGGUUUCGGCGCUUGAUCGCUUGGAGAACUUGUCAUGCGGACUACAGCUGGGUGUGGUGGGACCCAGAGGGCACGAAAGUCAAAAAGCGUGUUGAGGAUUGGCGGCCAUUGCGUUGGAUCCCGCCCUCGUUGGCCGAUUAUGCUUUUAGCCCGUUGCAUUCGUUGCGAGAUAAGCGGACGGACAACCAGCAAGUCAGGAUUAUCGAAAAUGAUAGAGCAACGAAUUCGGCCUUGACUCCUGCACCAAGUUCGAACGGCGGUAAAGCGGUGCCUGAUGAAAUGCCAGAUUUACCCGUUAUAAAAAAGCGAGUCAAACGCCAACGAACACCCAAGGCUCCUCAAGCAAAUGCACCCUCAAUCAACGUUAAUAGAGUUCGAGCUUCUGUCCAAACUGCUGAAAUUGGACAUAAAAGCGUAUCGCCCGUCGCCAAACAAGCAACUGAUUUCUCAAAAUCUCAUCCUCUAUUCUAUGACGCCAACAAACGCUGUAUUUCGCUUCCACCCAUAGGCGUCGAUCGCACAUUGAAGUCCGAUUCGCCGAAUUCCCUCGCCCGAAGAUGUGCAUCAGAUGAGAAGCCACAAAGAAAGUCAAAUUCCAACCAUCGUUCCCGAUCAAAGAAAUCCGCAAUCUCUCAUAGAUUUGUCCAGAGUAACUCUCGUUCCGGUGCCAGGAGACUCGUGAUCAAGCCGGAACAGCCAUCGUCAUGGAGAUAUAAAGCCUGGGGAGCACGUAUGCAACGAACAACCUUCCCAAAUACACCUAUCGAUUUGCGCGGGCUAGCUGGCCGACCUGGGACUCCUUUACCAGAGACACUGAAAAGUUUGGCCUCAACAAGGACGGAUUCAGACUAUCGUAAAUCGGCCGCGGAGCAACUAGGCAAGCGCGCUGCAUCCGAUUCUUCUUUUGGAAGUAUAUAUCGUCGACCUGACUAUGCCAUCUUGCCUAUAUCGCACGAUUCUACUUUGCAUCCUAGGGGAAGAGGUCCGAGAUAUUUGAGAUCGGACUACUUUCGCUCGUCGCUUCAGUAUAGUCAUGGAACCCAAAGAACAAAUUCGGACCAAACACUGCGAGAGCCGGGCCCGGCUCUGGGGGAUGCGACAAACUUACCGAAACCCCGUUCCUCCCGACCUUUUCCACAGAGACGCAUUAGUAACCCAGAAGUCCGGUUGAUUGACGACCUUGAAAGGAAGCUUGAAUGGCUCUCGAGCGAAAUGGAUCCGGGCCGUAAAUCAGGCCACUUUUCAUUAGUCUAUAACCACUGGCUGAAUAGAGCUACAUGGGUAGUCUACGACCCAGUCUCAAGAGUUCCCUGCGCAGAGAGGAGGCUUUACGGCGAUCCGCGGCACAAUUACCCUUAUCCGAGCGGUAAAAAUAUAUCUCGCAAAGAAAAAUAUCCUUCCUUGCGGAGAGGUAAAGCGCGGGCACCCAGACUGGAUUCGUGGCGGUUAGCGGUGAAUGCCGCUAGGAAGUCUAGUGGAGUUCGAGAAUUCUUGAAAGCGGUGGAGUUGUUCGAAGGCUCUGCUGAUGAACCGCCAGAUGGAGCAAUCGACACUGCGACCUGGAUUCUGAGAAAGCCGCCACAGGGCUUUGAAAUGUCGUCAAAGCAAAGGGAGGCUUAUUUCGAGGGAUGUGGCGGAUGGUUCGAAAAAUUAGAAUAUUGGCGAGAUGUUCCAAGGGGCUAUAGGGCACGAAAAGUCGUCUGUGAAGGACGCGCGAACCGAAGGAGGAUUGCUGAGAUUGGGAGACAGGUGGCUGGGAACUGCAAGAGAACUGCUAGCAAGAUUGGGUCGCGUUUACCCCAGGCUCGCACGGCAAACCGUGAUAUCAGAAUCUCGGGAAGGGUGACAAAAUUAACCUGGCAUCCAUCUUCAAACUAUCAGUCAGGAAAGAAAACAGUCCAAAAUGUCCACCGAUCUGGUUUAAUUGGUCGCGGGCAGCCAACUUUGCCUUAUGGCAUUGGCAACAGUACUUCCAUAACUGUCGCCGAUUCAGUUAAUUUAUUUCUGAGGAAUCGUGCUGUCCAUUUUUUGGAAGGCCGUCGUGUUUUGCAGCCCCGAGACUAA